CAGAUCUAAGAUUAGAUAGUCUGGGUAAAGGUUCUUGUGAGAAUCUUUCUCCAGUAUAUUUUGCAUUAAAAGUUAGACUCUUAAAUACUUGAGGUGUGAUGAUGACUUUGAGGAAACACUAUGUGGUGUCCAGACCUGUGUACUCGGAGGACAGCUUUGCUGAAGAUCAUGAGAAAAUCCAAAGAAAGCACAAAACCAUCCUAGACCAUGGUAAAGAAUAUCUUACUUGUGAUGCAAAACGUGUCAGGAAUGCUGUGCUUUCUCGUCUACCUAUCGUUGGGUGGAUGAGGAGUUACAGAGUUAGAGAAUGGCUGCUGGGCGAUGUGGUGUCUGGGAUUAGCACUGGACUGGUGGCCAUCAUGCAAGGACUUGCCUUCUCUAUAAUGGCUUCACUGCCUCCAAGCUACGGACUUUACACAGCUUUCUUCCCCAUGCUAACAUACUUCUUCUUGGGCACUUCAAGGCAUAUAUCUGUUGGCGCUUUCCCUGUCCUGAGCCUGAUGGUGGGAGCCGUGGUAACCCGCCUGGUCCCUGAGGAUGGACCAUCAGCAAACAUCACAGACUUUGAAGGUCUGACCCCGCAGCAGCAGAGAGUCCUGGUGGCCUCCUCUGUCACAUUCCUCAUGGGAAUUUUCCAGGUUGCCAUGGGUAUCCUGCAGGUGGGCUUUAUUGCUGUAUACCUGUCAGAUACUCUGGUUUCGGGCUUUACCACAGCAGCUGCUGUUCACAUCUUGGUGUCCCAGCUCAAGUUUGUGUUAGGUUUAAAUGUUCCAGGAAUCAGUGGUCCACUCUCUAUUAUAUACACCUUGGAAAACAUCUUUGUUCAGAUCACCUCUACCAACAUAUGUGACCUGGUUAUGUCAAUAGUGAUUAUGGUGCUGGUGUUCAUUGUAAAGGAGUUAAACGACAGAAAUAAAGCUAAGCUACCUGUUCCUAUACCCAUAGAGGUUAUCGUGACCAUCAUAGCUUGUGGGGUGUCCUAUGGCUUCAACUUUGAGGAGCGAUUUAAUAUUGAUGUUGUUGGAAAAAUGGUUAGAGGAUAUGAGUCUCCCAUACUACCGAGCAUGGAAAUUUUCAAGGAAAGUGCUGUAGAGGCCUUCCCAAUAGCCAUAGUGGGCUUUUCUGUAGCCUUCUCUGUGGCCAAAGUCUACUCUAUCAAACAUGAUUACACCAUUGAUGGAAACCAAGAGCUUGUUGCUUUUGGUGUUAGUAAUAUAUUUGGAGCAAGCUUCAGAUCAUUUGCAGCUAGCACAGCACUCUCCAGGACUGCAGUGCAGGAGAGUUCAGGGGGCAAAACACAGGUGGCAGGGCUGAUCUCAGCCAUGAUAGUGAUGAUUGUCACACUGUCGCUUGGCUUCCUUCUGGAGCCACUUCCAACGUCUGUUUUGGGGGCCUUGGUGAUCAUCAACCUGAAAGGAAUGCUGAUGCAGUUCAGGGAAAUCCCAUACCUUUGGAGACGGGACAAACCUGAUUGUGUGGUGUGGAUGGGAACGUGUCUGGCUGCUGUCUUACUGGGACUAGAUCUGGGUCUGGCCGUGGGCUUGGGGAUGGAACUGCUCACUGUCGUCUUCAGGACUCAGUUCCCUCGUUGUUCCAUCUUGGCUAACAUCCCUGGGACUGACCUGUACAGAGAUCGCAAAGAUUAUGUUCCUAUAAAUGAACCAAAGGGCGUCAAAAUCUUCCGAAUACCGUCCCCUAUCUUCUUUGCCAACACGGAGUUCUUCAGAGACAAGCUUGUGGAGUCUGUUGGAUUUAACCCUCUGAGGAUUUUGCGUAAGAGGAACAAGGCCCUUGGGAAGAUCAAAAAGCUUUUGCAGAAAAGAGAUCAUGACAUUGAAGAGGAGGGAUUUAGGGAUUUCAUCUGCCGAGCUGAUCAUUCUCAUUUUAAAAAAGAGGAGCUGGACCUUCCAACAGAUUCCAAGGACCUUUCAUUUCAGAUCAAUUGGAAUGCUGUCCUACCGUCCAAGAUCAAUGUCCCCAGAGUAGACCUUCACAGUCUGAUCCUGGAUUUCUCUGCUGUCUCCUUCCUGGAUAUUUCUGCUGUGAAGGGGCUGAAAGCGACAAUCAAAGAGUUUUUUCAUGUUGAUGUGGAUGUUUAUAUAGUUUCCUGUGAUGCCUCUAUCCUGGAGAAACUGCACAGUUGCACGUUCUUUGACGCUGAGAUUCAAACCGGCAUCUUCUUCCCAACUCUACAUGAUGCCAUGCUUUAUCUACUUGAAAAAAAUAAGGAUGACAAAACUAAAGGCUGGGUGUUGAAAGACACCAGAUUGUAGAACAACUGAAUCCAGAAACAACUAUUCAUGAAGAACCUUUUUUCUUCAAUUAAAAAUUACAAUAAAAUGGUACUUUAAUCAUUUGAA